ACUUUUUAUUAUAUAGUUAAAAGAAAAGUGCAGUCAGAGGAGUAAAAAUAAGUUUUGCUAGUGAUCCAUGGAUACAUUUUAAUAAAGUUUUCUUUUUUAAACAGAUGAUCUACGUCGUAAUCAACAAUCACUCGUUUCUGAAGUUCGUAAAUCAGCAUUCGUUCCAAACAGUGAAGAUUGGGAUAAUUAUGAUGAUUCAUUACGCUUUUUUACGAAAGAUGAAAUUACCUCAAUGACUGCAAGCCGACAAAGUCAAAAUACAACUGCAUUAGCAUCACCAUUAUCGCCAUCAUUAAAUGUCACACGCUCAAGUGUUGUUCAAGAGUCAAAACCUGUUGCACAAAAAGUGGAAGCAAAUGAAAGUGGUUAUCAGUCAAGAGUUAGUGGAUCAACGAACGAAAAAAAUGUUAAAGCUCAUGCAAUUGGUCCACAAAACGAAACAUUAGGAUUAAGUACCGACGAUGAAAUUGAGUGA